AUGGAAAAACCGGACGGAAAGAUUCUCACAAAUAUUAUUCUCUCUAACUGUCUCCAAGCGCCGCAGCGGAGCCUGUUCCAACAGCAAACAAUCGAGCCCCCUCCUGUUCCCCCCGUGUUGAGUAAGUCCGCUUUAGAUUCUCUUUUAAGGUCAUCUCGCUCUGGUUUCAGGCUGGCCACGGAUCUGACUCCUCACCCACAAAUGGAGAAUGGUCUGUGCCCUCCGCCCGUAGCCAUUACCCCAGAAAGGAGAAGUGGCUUUGAUAACCACGGGCCCCAGCGCUGGCACCGUCCAUCUGAAGAUCCACAAAGAAGCAAGAAAGCUUUCAGACUCGGGGACUAUUAG